ACUCUGGUGGUGGGAAUAGUAUGGAAUUAUACCCCUAUUAUCUCAUAAUUUUGUAAAUCACUAUUAAACCACUACUAAAAAUUUAAAAUAAGAAAAAUUAAACAUAAAUUAAUAAAAAUUAAAAAUAAUAAUAAAAGUAAUCUCUCUUUACUACUAUGAGGACUCAAACAGGGCCUUCAGGGGCAAACAUCCCCUUUCUGGAGCUCUUCCCUUCACAGGAACUCAAAUCUUACUGAGUUCAACUCCCGGCCACCCUACCUUCCACUGCCCUCUCUUUCAGCAAAUACCCAGGAAGCUUGUUGUUUCUCCUCCUCCACUGACUCUGUGGGGGUCAGAGUCCAGAGAGCUGUGUGCUCAGAGUGGACCAGCACCCACAGGAAGGAAAUCUCCACUCAGCCUGCCCCAGAAGCUUAGAGGAUGAAGGUCUCUAUGGCUGCCCUCUUGCUCCUUGCCCUCAUCCUCACCUCUACUUCAGUUGCUCAGUUCCAGUCAAGAAUUCCUGAGUCUGUGAACAGUCCACUCGUCUGUUGCCAUAACUAUACUAAGAAAACACUACGAAGGAAAAUGAUAGUUGGAUACAGAAGGGCCCUCAACUGUAACCUGCCAGCAAUCAUCUUUGUCAACAAAAGGAAACAAGAGAUCUGUGCCAACCCCCAAGAGAAAUGGGUCCAAGACUACAUCAAGGAUGCCAGCUUGCCUUUGCUGCCUCCCAGAAACUUGGUCUAGAAUAAAAUGAUGAGACCAUAGCUCCUCCAUUCCCCAUGAUGGCCAAGCAUCAGUAGAAGUCCAAGAUAGUGAGAGAAAGCUAUAACCCCUGAAAACCAAGGUAGCCUUGUAGUCUAAAUGACAAAAUCACAGUCACAGAAGGUCAGUGAUCUCAAAAGUAAUUAAAUAUUUCAAACAUUUUCUCAGUCUCUGAAGAAAAUGCCAUCAUUGAUGGAGGUGAGCAGAGACAUAUUUAUACACAGAGGAAACAUCUUUCACAGGGUUCUUUCUGUUUUAAGUUCCUUACUUCUCACCGAUACAUAGGCCUUUCUAAAUAAGUGUGUCCACAACCCACAAGGACCCUGGCUCCAUGAUCCCAGAGGGAUAGAGAAUGGGAAAGCUAUUGGGGAGGGGAGGGGAUAUGGAGAUUGGGUGGCAGGAAUUGCGUGGAGUUGUAUCCCCCCCACCC